UAAACCCCCAGACCCUAGGGUUUCUUCUUCUCUCGCGCCCCCAAUUUCUUCAUCCGCUCGAAAAUCGCCGCCGAUCGCAAUGGCGAAGGGACGACAAGGAGAACGCGUCAGGUUGUACGUUCGAGGAACGGUUCUUGGGUACAAGAGAUCGAAGUCGAACCAGUACGAGAACACGUCGCUGGUUCAGAUCGAGGGGGUGAACACGAAGGAGGAGGUCGCUUGGUACUGUGGAAAGAGAUUGGCUUACAUUUACAAAGCUAAGGUGAAGACUGGAGGCAGCCAUUAUCGCUGCAUUUGGGGGAAGGUUACUCGCCCUCAUGGAAACAGUGGGGUCGUUAGGGCUAAGUUUAGGUCCAACUUGCCGCCCAAAUCUAUGGGAGCGAAAGUUAGGGUUUUUAUGUAUCCCAGCAAUAUUUGAGCUUCUCAUGGAUAGCAAUGAAGAGAGCUCUAGAGGAACCGUGAAUUAUGACUUUUAAGCUGGCAUUUUAUGAAUAUCAAAUUUUGCACCGAAAGAAGCAGAUCCUUUAGCUAUUCAAGUAGUUGCUAAAAAGUGUGUACUUGUUUGGGAUUUGACCUUUCUCUCCUCUCUAUAUUACCUUUUUUUCUUCUUCACAUGGAACAUUUUUCUUUUCUCAUGGUAUGCGAGUAUGAUUAGCAUGUUUGAUAACGUACUGCUCUUCUUAAGACAGUUUCUAGCAGUUGUGGUUCUCCUAUUUAUCGGUA